GCGACCAUGUUGAUUUAAAGGAAGAAGAAACACAAUAGAGGCGAUUUAUUUCAAGUAAAAAAUCAGUUAUUAAUGUGAAUUGUAAAGGGAGCAGUUGAUCAACCGCACACUGAGUACACCUUGUUAAAUAACAGAGGAACUGAGGUUACAAGUUUGAGUUGUUGGCUGACUUUGAGGAGGCAGCGCGUUGAUCACGGCCACACUCACACACGUCACACACCGACCUGAAGACCUGUGGUGUCUGGGAGGAGAGAGGGUCGAACACCUGGAGGAGAGAGAGGAAACGCACACUGAGGACUUAAAAGGGGUAGAAAGCUUUUUGGCUUUGGACUAGAAAACCCCUUGUAUUUGUGAAUUCAGGAUCCAGUUUUUUCACACAGUGGAGCGACGUAUAUCCACACAGUGGAAAUAAACGGAGAGCAUUACAGACUAUAUGAUUUUGGGGGAAAACUUGUACAAAGUUGGACAUCCUUUUUUUUCAAGGACAGGGAUAUUGAGCAACUCUAUGGACUCAAAGUGGAAAGAAGAAAUAUCGUUCAAUUUAGAAACAGAAGUUUAAGCAUUGAACUAAGAUUAUAUUGAAGAGGCUGUUCCCCAAGUUCAGAUUGCCUUAGUUGUUCUAUUUCAGGACUUGAACCGCUUUGAUACUUGUUCACAUAUAAUUUUUCUAUAUUGUGGGCAAGUAUAUUCAUGCAUAUGAAUGCAAUUUUCUCUUCAUUUCGAAGAGCUCUUGUGUAAAAACGUGUUUUUUUUUGUUGUUGUUCUUGUACGUCAGUCACUCUGUUGUUGAAGGGGACCGAACUGCACGUACAUGUGUAUAUGUAAAUACUACGAAUUGACUUCUGUUGUAAAAGCUUUGGACUUAAAAAAAAAGAAUAGAGAAUAUCGUUUGUUAAUGCUUUAUUAAACUUUUUUACUUUUGAAGAGAAUUUUUAAAAAGAAAAACCUAAGAGGCAAAAAUCUAAUACUUUGAAGAAAAAAAACAAAAGCAAGGAAAACAGGAAAAAUGGCAACUGCCAGAACAGAAAACGUUGGCCCAGUCGUCAUGGGACUGAACAAGCAGAACGGGCAGCUCAGAGGACAGACCAAACCAGCUUCAGUCCAGCCAGCACCCACAACUCAAGGGAAGGCUUUGGGGGCACCCCAGAUAGCAGGCGGUGCCACUCAAGACGGAGGAGGCAUCAAGUUUGGAGAUGACUGGAAAAAGAGCCUAAAGCUCCCUCCCAAAGACAACAGGGUCAAAACCUCAGAUGUGACGUCCACUAAGGGGAAUGAAUUUGAAGAUUACUGUCUCAAAAGAGAACUCCUGAUGGGCAUCUUUGAGAUGGGUUGGGAGAAGCCUUCCCCUAUUCAGGAGGAGAGCAUUCCCAUUGCCCUGUCUGGGCGGGAUAUUUUGGCUCGGGCUAAAAACGGAACAGGGAAAAGUGGAGCCUAUCUCAUCCCACUGCUGGAGAGAAUAGACCUGAAAAAGGACCACAUACAGGCAAUUGUCAUGGUGCCCACCCGUGAGCUGGCACUGCAGGUGAGCCAGAUCUCCAUCCAGAUCAGCAAACACCUGGGGGGAGUCAAAGUCAUGGCCACCACCGGUGGCACCAACCUGCGAGAUGACAUCAUGCGUCUGGAUGAGACCGUGCAUGUGGUCAUCGCCACGCCUGGUAGGAUCCUGGACUUGAUAAAGAAGGGAGUUGCAAAGGUGGAUAGAGUCCAGAUGAUGGUGAUGGAUGAGGCGGAUAAGCUGCUGUCUCAGGAUUUUGUGGUGCUCAUCGAGGAUAUCAUCAGCUUCCUGGCCAAGAACAGGCAGAUCCUGCUCUACUCUGCAACCUUCCCCAUCAGCGUGCAGAAGUUCAUGGCCAAGCACCUUCAGAAACCCUAUGAGAUAAACCUGAUGGAGGAGCUGACUCUGAAGGGCAUUACUCAGUACUACGCCUACGUCACGGAAAGGCAGAAAGUCCACUGUCUCAACACGCUGUUCUCCAGGCUUCAGAUCAACCAGUCGAUCAUCUUCUGUAAUUCAACUCAGAGGGUGGAGCUCUUGGCCAAGAAGAUCACUCAGCUGGGCUACUCCUGCUUCUACAUCCAUGCCAAGAUGAUGCAGGAAUACAGAAACCGUGUAUUCCACGACUUCAGAAAUGGACUCUGCAGAAACCUCGUCUGCACUGAUCUCUUCACCAGAGGUAUUGACAUCCAGGCUGUCAACGUGGUCAUCAACUUCGACUUCCCCAAGAACGCUGAGACUUACCUCCAUCGUAUUGGAAGAUCAGGGAGGUUUGGUCACCUGGGCUUGGCCAUCAACCUGAUCACAUCAGAGGACCGCUUCAACCUGAAGGCCAUCGAAGACCAGCUGGUGACCGACAUCAAGCCCAUUCCCAGCAGCAUCGACAAGAGCCUGUACGUGGCCGAGUUCCACUCGUCCGGCGCUGACUGUGACGUGGAGGAGAUUGAGGAGAAACCAGGACGCCAACAGGACAGCACCUAAAAACAGGACACACCGGGCUUUUGCACAGACAUCAGCGCUUGCACACAGGCUUCAGGCAACUCUUCAGUUUCUCACUUGUUUUCAGAGCCUGUUGAAUGGAUGUAAAGGCUGUUUUUUUUAUGUUUAAGCAUUUCCUUAUCUUUUCCUCAAAGAGAGCUGCCUCAUUUGUUUUUUAAGUUAUUGAGAAACUCUAUUGUUUUGCACCAAACUCAGAACGGACCGUGCAUCCUGCGUAUGAGCUUAGCCUACUUUCCCGAGGAUUUCUCUUGGUAAGACGGCACUUGCUGUCAAAACGGAGAGAGCAAUGCAGAAGAGUAUCAAAGCUGUUUUGAACCGGUCGUUCUUGGAGACAGUUUUCAUUGUCCGCGGCGAGUUUGGCCUCUUUUUAAUGUUACAAUGGUGCACUUACACCAGCCAUCAGUCUGUCCACUUACACUGUUGUUGUCACUUAAGUGCCUUACUUACUCCCAUGUGCACUCAUCCAUUCAUAGCCUGCUGUCUUCUGUGGCGCAGCAGAGUACGAGCACAAAUACGAUGAAUUUAAUAGUAACCCGAGUUUAUUUAAAAACAUCCAUUAUGCAAGGGAAAAAGACAACACACACACCUGCUGAGAGGUGCGUCGAAACACGGCUCCUUAACAACCAUCCUGAAUGUGAACGUUUAUUUUUAAUGUGAACGUUGCAAUAAAAAAAGGGCAGCUUUAUUUAAGUACUGCGUGACUGUUUUUCCCUUUCACUAUGAAUAUUACAUGAGCAGAGUUAAUACGAGAAGACGGCAAAAAAAGACACAAGCCCCCCCACCCCCAUAUACUGAUUCAUGGAUGUUUAAGCCUGCAGCCACACAAACAGCGCAGCGCAGGAGAUGAAUAGCAGCCUCAUGUUGUUGCAUUGUGGCUGUCGCUGGUGUGCAGACGGCUUUUUGUCUGGACGUUCUUUUACAUUAAAUAACCAUAUUGGGCUGGUGAAUACUGUAAACCCAUCGGCCACUGAAGCUGGAAGAUGACAAACUGGUUUCCUCUCCUGCUUGCUGCUGCAGCACAGGACUAAUGCAUCAGAGGCUGGUUCACAACAGCUUUGAUAGUAACAUUAAUAAGCUGAUACAUAAAUUAGAGUAUCGAUAGGUCUUUUGUGGAAGUUGGUGCAAAACAAUCGUUUAUUUUCUGUAAUUUUCUUUCCUUUUGUCCCCCGGGUUGCUUCAGAUUCUUUUGAAACUACAAGUUGGAAUUAAUUACAGGAGCAUUUUUGCAAAUAAGGUUUUGUUUAAGCCCCAUCAUGACAAAAUUGAAGUUGGUGAAUGUAUUAGUUGCCAAUGUGAAACUCUCUCGCCCAGUGGUUGAAUGCCAAGCUCUUUAUUUGACACUUGUAUUGCUGCUGCUGCAUUAGAAACUCCUCUUCAGGCUUUGCUUUUAUGAAAAUAUAUUCUGAAUAUAUAAAAAGGGUUUCAUGGACCACCUGGUGGUAGAACUGGCUCAGACCACGUUGACCUUCAAUUGAACUAAAACUAAAAUCAGAGAAAAGUCAGUUUUCUUCAUGCAGCAGCAGCGGUAUCUUUCUUUUUUUAUAUAUAUAUAUAAUUAUAAACAUGUGAGGGACGUGCUCUGUGUUUGAAAGCAAAAUUGUAGCAUCUUCUGAACAGGCAGCUGUGACUUCUUUGUUUUUGUCCUCCCCUUUACAGAGCGUCACUAAUGUUAAAAAAAGACAUAAAAAAGAAAAUAUUUUUGCUUUUAAAAUUUAUUUUUGAUGUUGCUUCAAGCAGUUUCUUAUGGAAACCCAUUUCUAAAAAAAUGAGAUGAAAACUUGUGUUGAAACAACAAAAGAUCCUCUAAAUCAUAACUUUUCUCAAAAUAAAGAUUUGGUAUCUCGAAAUAAUGAGUGUAAAAAGCGCAAAAUAAUGAAAAACUUUGCCACGAUACGGAUUAUUUUGAGAUACUUUUUUUAUUUUGGGAGUUUAACUUUCUUUUUUCUUUUAAAUCAAUUAUUUUCAAGAUACAAAUGUAUUAUUUUUAAAAAAAAAUUCUCAGCAUUUUUAGAUACCGACUCGUUAGUUAUGGUUUCUGUUUUUUAAAUAUUUUUUAAAGAUGCAAAGUUCUUAUUUUUCAGAAUUUAUUAUUUUGAGAUAGUGAGUCACUAUUUCUAUUAAGAUCUUUAUUCCUCCAAAGUUUCUCACUAUUUUGAGAUAUAAUCAAAAAAUAUUAUUCAGAAAGAUUCUCUAGUCUAUUUUGAGGUAAUAACUCAUUUUCUCAUUUUUUGCAAGACAUAAUCUUAUUUUGGGACAAUUUCUCCGAAGUUUGAGAGUUUCUCAAAGACAAAAGAUGAUAAAUAUUUUUGAAAUAUUCUAGGUUUGUUAUUUGAGAUACUUAAUCAUUAUUUUGAGAAAGAAUGAUAAUGACUUACAGGACCUUUUUUUUUCAUCACAUGGUGGAAAUGGGUUUCCAUACUUUGACAAGGGGAGGGAGGGGACUGUGAGGCUUUAGCACUGGGUAAUUUUUUUUUUUUUUUUCUGGGUGGGUUUGCAGAAGCCAAGUGUUUUAUCAGAUGCUCUUUGGGCAUCUUGAAUCGUUCCUUCUCUCUGGUACUUAAAGCAAAGACAAAAGCUUUGAUUUAAAGUUGUUUAUCCCUCAAAGUACGCAAAAAUACCUUGUUUUCUUUGUGUUUUUAAGUGCCAGAGAGAGUGUUAAGUUAUACAGGAGAUAGUUUCUGGAAAGAAUCGCAGCACUGAGAUCUUCUCAAAUCUGUUCCACGUUUGUGUGACGGAUGAUUGAAAGUGCUGCGAUUUGUUUUCUCAGCAACUCGAUCCGUUUUCCUCGAGGGCAAUCUUUAUACGAGGUGUUAUGAAUCAUUUUGAGGAGGCUAAAAUUGUAAAUGAUUCAUUGUUUACACUAGUCGUUUACAAUUAUACGUUAAAUAGAAAAAAAGAAAAUACUUUGCUUCAUGAGCAGGAGGAGAAUUAAUUUUUUUUUUUGUUUCUUUUUUUUUCUUGAAAUAGAUUUUCAGGAUUUACAUUGAAGCAAAACCAAAAAAGGAGAAUGUCGUAUGAGUGUUUGUAAAAAGAGAGACGUGUGUGUUUGAAUGAGGUGUGUAUGAGACUGUUUGAGCAAGGUGUGUGUGUGAGACUGUUUGAGCAAGGUGUCUGUGUGUGUUUGAGUGUGAAAGAAAGUGUGAGAUGUCUGUUUGAAGCUGUGACAGGCUGUUUAAAAAUCAUUACGCUUACAUGCAGCAUUGACUAAACCAGAAAAUCAGAUGGUUUCAGAGAAAUUGGAUCAAACUUGUGUGGAUGAUUUGGAAUAAGUGAAACUGUCAAUAGUUUGAGGCUGCAUGUAAGCUUAAUUGUACUUCUUUUUUCUGUGUUUCUGUGUGCAGACUCGUCUUGUGUCUCUGUUGGCGAUGUCUUAAAUAUCAGUAUGGCUGUUUACAGUCGUCAGGGACGUGAUUUCUGUUUGUUUGUUUGUUUCUCUGUUUCAUCCUCCCUCUUCCUGCAGGAGCUCAAGUUCGUGGACACAAACCAAAUUUCUAAUGAGAAAUUUCCACUUUUCUGUUCUUUUUCUCUGUUCUAUGUCCCCGAUCACGUCCCUGACAGUCGUUCUAUAAUCUCCUUUGUGAUCCAAAUAACAGCAAUGAUUCCACGUACAUUUAUAGUUAAUUCAAUUGAGACUCAGUGGAGAUAGUUGUGGAAUUUUUUGACAAAUUUUUGACAAAGGUAGCUUUAAAAAAAUCCCCCCUUUGCUUUUGAAUAAUAGACAUUAACCCAGACUCAUGCCUGGAAUUUGCUCCCAAAACAAGAAAGAAAAACUACCUUUUAUUACUAAAUUCAACUUUUUUAGUAGCUCCAGCCAGAUGUUUUAUUGGUUAUGAUAACAGUUUCCUUAAACACAAUAACUGAUAAGUGGAGCUACAAAACUGAGACAAGUUGUAAUAAACUGUAUUGAACUCAUGCAUCCACUGUCACAAAGGAGGUUAUAAUGAAUGCAGUUAUGAAUGUUGAGUGAUUCUGUUGAUUUUGUCAUCCGGUGAUGUCAAGAUGUCCGUCUGUGUGUGUGCGCACUCUCUGGCCUCUGGAGUCAGGAGUGUGGACGGGAGCGGGGGGGGGGGGGGGGGGUGGUAUUUGUCAAACUUGUUUCAAAAGGGUUAAAAAAAAAAUGAAAUUUGAAAAGGGUGAGGAUUUGGAUGCAAAAAUGGCAGUUUAGGAAUUCUGCACAUGCUAAAUUGGAGGAAGCAAAACAAGAAUUCUUGAAUUUAAACUAGUUUUAAUGGCUGAGCUGCCUCUAAUAUUUCUACUGUGCAUCGCUGAAUUGAAUUGGAUCUCCUAAUUUGCUGCACUAACGUAGACUCACCCACGCUUCAGGCCAUUUCAGCCAAAUUUAAAGCUGAACUCAGCAGAGUCGUAGUGAGCUGAGGGUCAAGUCUCAGUAGUAUUCCUCUGCAACAUGGAUAAGAACUCUCUAAAUUGGCUCUCAAAUUAUUUUUGUUUUAAUGUAGCUGAGGAUAAAGUUGCAGCCGUGGUAUUUUCUCUACAACACAGAUAGGAAGGAGUGGUAAAACAAAGUAACUUUAAAUUGGCUCAUAAAAAUGUUGGUUCAGUCGAUCCCUCAUUCUUAAAAACAAAGUUUUCCUAUAAAAAAACAACUACCUUUUUAUUUGAAUUGUUCAAACCUCUCUGGACUUAUUUGGUACCUUGGUGGCCCUGCUUCUCCCAAAACAAUUUCUCAGCCCCAUGUUCGAGUGAGUUAUCAUUUUGGACUUGUAAUAACCUAAACUCAUGUUUCGGAUGUCUAUUUAUUUUCCAUCCUCACUCUCACUUGACUUCCUUUUCUUACCAUUAGUAAAAAGAACUCACAGGUGGUACCAGAAAAAUGACAUAUUUGCAUUGUUUUGUUUUCUUUCCUGACAAAAUGCAUUGAAGAGGCACCAAGUACUUGAUCACUCUGUCCUCUACUGUUGUAACAUGGAAAUACAUGCAGGGGUUAUAAAAAUUCAAUAAAUUGAACUGAAAUUUA